AUGAGCGAUGCUACAUUACACGUCCAGAUCAACGAUUACGAUACAUAUCAGACACAUUCACUGAAGCUAGAUCAAUUGUACAAUGAUGUUGUUCAGGUACCUAUCAUAAGAAUUUUUGGAUCGUUGUCUGUGGGUAUAAAUGAUGGCGAUGAAAGAAGCGAUAAUGGUCGUACGAAGCAUAGCGAUUCAGAUAAUACGGUCAAAUUCCACUCGUACAAUGUGUUAGUUCAUAUUCACAAUUACUACCCGUAUUUGUACGUUGAUUGCUUUGAAAAUGAGGCAUUAUUGAAGUCGGAAACCUAUAUAAGCCAGUUGGUGGAAUACCUUGAAAACAGCUUACAGCAGUCAUUUCGUCGAAAGAAGGGUGAAGAAGAAGAAGAAGAGAUGAUAGACGUGGAUGUCGAAUCGAGUGGGGGGAAAAGAAAGUUCAUUGCCAAGGUGGCAAUAUGUAAAGGUUCUCCAAUCUACGGAUAUCAAGUUGGAUACAAGCUCUUCUACAAGAUCUCGUUACUUUCUCCGUUAUACAAAACCAGGCUUACCACGCUUUUCCAGGACAAGCACAUCAAUAUUUGCGAAUUCAGCUCUAGUUUUGACAAAGGUACGAAAAAGUCAUAUGCUGUAAAUAUAUACGAGGCACAUAUUCCAUAUUUGCUUCAGUUUUUAGCUGAUUUCAAUUUGUUUGGAUGUGGGUGGUUAGAAAUCAACAAUACUUAUUUCAGAUACCCCAUUUUGAACGAUAAUACCGAUAUAGACACUAGUCACCUUCAAUCGUAUUUGAAACUGUUCAUCAAGCAUAACAAUAUACUCGAUGGACUAAAUUUCGCUCGGAUUGGCAGGUCUUUGUUAGAAUUUGAUAUCAAAACAGAGAGCAUUCAUAACAGAAGCUAUAUAAAACAGCGACAUUUGCACCAUGAGUUCGUUGAAAAUCGGCGUUUUAAUUCUGGGAUACUGAACAAUGAGAUAUAUUUAUCUUCAUUAAAUCAGAUUUACAAAGAUUUGAAAUAUCAAUGUGAAUCAAGAGGCUCAAGAAUGACUGAAUCGCAGUUUUCGCAGAAUAAUUUAGGUUUGGGUGGAACAUUCUGGGAAAAUCAAUCUGAUUUAAACGAUUUGAUGAACUAUGUUAUUUUUCUUACUAAACCUAGCCCUACCAAUAAAUUAGAUACAUAUUUCAAGAAAUUCGUUGAGUCUGAUAAGUUUUCUAAAUUCCCAACAGCAUUUGAGUUAAUCGAUAUUGAGAAGGUCUCCAAUCCGUCUGGUGGCAUUUCAUUAUUGAAUUUCAAUGACGAUCUAAUUAAAUGGAACAUUUAUUCGUUCUUAUUUGAGGAUGUAGUGAUACCCAAAAAUAUCGCUACGCGUGAAGAAAAUACUGAUAUACGUGAUGAUAUUAUACGCGAUUCCAAACCUUCGUUAGAUUUAGAGUUUGAUAGUGAUGAUUUCACGGAUUCUGAACGUGCCAAUCCUGAUGAUGAAGCCGAGAAAAAUGAUACCGACCCUGCAGAACAUGAUCGUGGUCGGAAUCAGCCUAAUCAAUCUGACCAUGAAAUAAUGUUUGAAGUAAGUCAAAGGAAGAGGAGGAGAACGUCGGUUUCUCAAACGUUGGAGGAAGGUGAAUCAAUUUUACAAGUACCUAGUUCACCUCACCAUGUUUUUAACGAAAUAACUAAUCUCAAACAAACCAACAAUCUCCCUGACCUAAUGGGUUCGUCUCAUGGUAGACAUUUUUAUGAGAUCUUAAAACCACAAGCAUUAGACCGUAAUCGUAUAAUGAAAACUUUCGAUGAUCAACAUCUAUUAAAGGUCCAUUACACUGAUCCAUACUAUGACAAUGAAUCCGAUAUGCCUUCUAGGCGUAUGAUAUUCGCUAAUAAGAAAAUUAAUAUCCCCCUUAUCAAUUAUAACACGCUUGAAACGUUCAAAGUGAAGGCGGGUUCCAGUUCAUUACAUAUGUCCCUGAUGAUUCAACAAACUCUAAGUGAUUCAAGUUCGUCAAAAAUUAGCCCAUGUGUGAGAAACAUCUGUUCCUGGAGAUAUGUUGCUGAACCACCUCCUAAGGUAGAAAUUCAGAAAUGGGUCGCUGUAGAGGAAGCUAAAAUGAAAUAUAAGCGAUCUAAAUUCCGAUCUCAGAUCGAACCACCAAUUACUCAAACUAAUGACUACAAAUUUUCAUACAGAUCGGAAAAGGUGUCUCGUAGGCCAAAUUCCUUCAACUCACUAACUAAUUUCCAUUUAGAAAUCCAUGUUAAUACUCAUAAUGAUCUAUUACCUAACCCAGACGUGGAUCCUAUUACCAUCAUUUUUUAUACCUUUAGUGAUUCAAAUCAUAUGUUCGACAAAAAUAAUAAUAAAGUCGGCAUUUUGAUUUAUCAUGAACCAGACUCUCUGAGAGAAGAUUUUGCUAAGCAAUUAGAGAAGGUUUCAAAUUUCCUUAUCGAAAAGCCUGCAGUCGCAAUAUUUUCUGAUGAAAAGUCGAUGAUUGAUAAACUCAUUUGGCUUGUUGAAUGCUUUGAUCCAGAUAUAUUAUCUGGAUAUGAGAUAAACGCAUUGUCAUGGGGCUAUGUCAUAGAACGGUUUCGAAAUGCUUACGACAUAAAUUUAUUGUUUGAAUUCAGUCGUUGUAAGUUUAAAAGCAAUGGCAAGUUCGGUGAUAGAUGGGGAUAUACCCAUACUUCUGCGUUUAAAAUUAAUGGACGCCAUAUAUUGAAUGUAUGGAGAUUAUUGAGAUCUGAAUUAAGUCUUACAAAUUAUUCUUUGGAGAAUAUAUCGUACCACUUGCUCCAUCAAACGUUACCAAGAUACCUGAGUUUUCAAUUAAGUCAAUGGUAUUCUGGAAAUGAUUUUCUGGAGUUGUUGUCUGUUUUCAAGUACUAUUUGAAAAGGGUUCAGUUAAUAAUGAAAAUAAUUGAUAUUCAAGAGUUGAUAACGAGAAAUGUUGAGCAAUCCCGGUUAAUUGGAAUUGACUUCAAUUCUAAUUUUUACAGGGGGUCCCAAUUUAAAGUUGAAUCGAUUUUAUGUAGAUUAACAAAGGCAGAGAAUAUAUUGUUAAAUUCAGUUUCCAAGCAGCAGGUUCAUGAAAUGAGACCUUUAGAAUGUAUUCCUUUGAUUAUGGAGCCUGACUCAAAUUUUUACAAGUCUCCUUUAAUCGUUUUAGACUUUCAAUCUUUGUAUCCAUCAAUUAUGAUUGCUUACAAUUAUUGCUACUCGACUAUUUUAGGUAAAUUACAUGGUUUUAGCCCAAAGAAGAACAUUAUUGGCUACUUGAAAAACCUAAAAUUACCACCUGGGUUAGUUGAUUUAUUUGCCAAAAACGAUGGUUUAAAUAUUUCUCCUAAUGGUUACGUAUUUGUUAAGUCAUCUAUUCGAAAGUCUAUGUUAGCUAAAAUGCUUGAGGAAAUUUUGAAUGCUAGAAUCAAUGUUAAAUCUGUAAUGAAAUUAUUCAAGGAUGAUCCAGAGCUAAUAAAGUUAUAUAAUUCACGUCAAUUGGCCUUAAAAUUAAUUGCAAAUGUUACCUAUGGGUAUACUUCUGCAACUUUUAGUGGCAGAAUGCCAAAUUCUGAUAUUGCUGAUGCUAUUGUCUCGACUGGUAGAGAAAUUUUAAGUCAAUCAGCGGAUUUUAUUGAACUGACAGAUUACGGAGCCAAAGUAAUAUAUGGUGAUACUGAUUCUUUGUUCGUUUAUUUACCAGGUAAGACUAAGCAAGAUGCUUUCAAAAUUGGCAACGAGCUUGCAAGCUUUGUAACAGAUAAAUUCCCGGAUCCUAUAAAGCUAAAAUUCGAAAAGGUAUAUCAUCCUUGUAUUUUGCUAGCUAAGAAAAGGUAUGUUGGCUAUAGUUAUGAGUAUGAAGAUCAACAUGAACCAAAAUUCGAUGCAAAAGGAAUAGAAACAAUUAGAAGAGAUGGUAUACCCGCUCAACAAAAAAUGGUUGAGAAGACAAUUAGGAUAUUAUUUGAAACUAAAAAUUUAUCGUUAAUCAAGAAGUAUACAAUGGAACAAUUUUACAAGAUUUUAAUUAACAAAGUUUCCAUAAAGGAUUUCUGCUUUGCAAAGGAGGUACGAUUUGGAACUUAUAAAAAUGAGGCACAUUUACCCCCUGGUGCUAUUGUAGCUAAUAUGAAUGUGAAUAAAGACCCCAGAAAUGAGCCUCAAUAUCGCGAAAGGGUUCCAUACGUUGUGUUCCAAGACUCUUCGAAAAUCCGAGUAAAAGAUAGAUGUAUAUCGCCAGAGGAUUUUAUUAAAUCAUACAAUACACUGAAACCUCUAAGCUUGGAUAAUGAAUACUAUAUUACGAGGGUUUUGAUUCCUCCAUUAGAACGUAUUUUUAAUUUGAUUGGAGUAGAUAUCAAAGGUUGGUAUAAAGAAUUGCCUAAAUUCAACCAUGAACUAUUUGAAACGAAGAAUAAUAUUUUUCAGUUUGCAAAGUUUAUCAAAUCAAAUUCCUGUGCAUGCUGUGGCUCGAAAUUAAAAGAAUAUUCUAGGUCUAAAUAUAUUUGUUGCCAAUGUCUAAAUAAUGAAUUAGAACUAAUCGCAAAUGUUUCGAUGUCCUCUAAGUUAGGUGAAUUUAAAGAAUUAGCAGCUGAUAAGACUUGUGAAUUAUGCGUGAAUAUGAAUUAUGAGGGGUUGGGCUCUGGAACUAUCAGAAACUGUAUGAAUGAAUGUGUUAAUAAUAACUGUCUGGUGUAUUAUAAUAAGAUCAGGGUAACAAAAGAAAAAGGUCAAUUAGACGAAAAGCAUUCGCACCUAUUAAGUGAUUUAGAAUGGUGA